AUCACGUGGGUUUGACAUCACGUUUCCGUAGGCCUAGGAGGGCCGUGAACGAGUGGAGCGAGUGAGGCGGGUGAGUGGUCUCGACAGUCGGCGUUGGCUCACACGACGGGAGGGAGCAGUAGAAGUAGAAAGCAACGAUUCUCUCCAACGAAAGGAGAAUUGGAUCUUGGAUCAAAAGCUGGGAGGACAGCAUGCUCGACACACAUGUGUGACUCUGUGGGGGUACCGAGAUGCAUUUAUAUAACGCACAUCAGGACUGACUCCUUGGAUACAGCAGGUCCAUGCACUAAAGUGUCUGGUGACAUUUCUGGAAUUCUAAACUAUAAGAGGAAAGGAAUGUCCCCAGCGAUUGUGGUUUACGUGAGGUUUCCAUCAGUGAAACAUUCUUAGAGUCCUUUACGUGUACCGUAACUGCAAGAUUUCACAACAAUAUUACAGUAAAAAGGACCAGAGCUGUGACCUCACUCUUCACAACAGACGAGCACUAAGUAGAAGAUGGGGCGGAUUUAGUCAGGUCGUUGUUCUUGCAUCGCUGACACCUGAAGUUACAAAUAUAAAGGACGCGUGACCGGUGACAAAAGGAGCAAAGAUCUCGCCGUGUCGGGUACUGACACUGGCUGGCACACCAAUCCUCUUUUCACACAAACAGGAGUGGCUACCUCAACAGCCACUGGGCAAAGAGUCGUCUACAGACCUUAGAACAUCCAUUAGAACAGGAAAAGUGGUUUAGUUUUAGUAAGAGUUUUACGGCACUUGCAACACAAUAAGGUCAUAUAAGUGCCGAAGAUUAGAGGUGUUACAAGAGAGUAACAAACAUAAAGAAAGAAGGAGGGGAGAUAAAGACAAUAGAUGUUUGAUAGGAAAGAAGAAGCAAACCACACCAGAGCACCCGCCAACUAGGAAAAAUGGCCAAUGACUCGUAGCCUGAAACUCCGACCAACACUAACAGCCACCAAACGGUCGUACCUCGACAAACUGAAACGUUUGAGCCUGCCCCCGUGGAAUGAAUGAGGAGACCCAGUGAGACAGACAAUAAAUCCAGGCCGUAUACUCCAACUACAUAAAGACGCAGAGAGAGAGAGAGAGAGAGAGAGAGAGAGAGAGAGAGAGAGAGAGAGAGAAACAGAGCCAGAGAGACAGAGAGACACAUUCAGACAGAGAAAGAGAGAGAGAGAGAGAGAGAGAGAGAGAGAGAGAGAGAGAGAGAGGAGGCAUACAGUAAAGUACAAAAUUUGAUCCUCUUGAUCCUCUUCAUCAAGCCACUCGGUGUGACCGAUGAAUGAAACAAACUUUAGAAUCCCCAUCACCGACUGUACAAGGACGCUGAAAGAGACCAGACAACAACUUCCAAACCUUCCGUGAAGACACACGAAUCGACACAAGACAGGUCCACGACAAGAAGUCCCGGACAUACACUUACUACUAACAAAGACGCCAGAAGAGGCCAUACGUUAGGGGCGGGGUUUUUUCUUUGGUUUGGUUUGGUUUUGUUUGGUUAAUUUGUUUGGGUUUUUUUAGCCAGAAAGACGCCGGAAAAGGAUAGGACAUAAUACUUUACGGCGGGUUUUUUCUUUUGUUUGUUUGUUUGGAUUUAAAAACAAUUUAAAAUCAAAUACGGUCAUGUCGGCACAGCCUGCAGCCCAACUUCUGACCUCCAGCCUUCCGGAGAAAGGAUUCGACAUGUCUGGAUCAGUCCUGGACCAGAUGUGGAACCAGUCUGUCGACACCAACAUCAGCAGCGACGGCAACAGCAACGCCAGCCUGUACACGGACACCACCAACCCGCGCCUCGUCAACGGCGUGAUGGUGCUGCUGCUGCUACUCCUCAACCUCAUGGGCAACGGGCUGGUCUUCUGUGUGUACCACGCUAUGGCGAAGCGAAACGUGUUCUCGCUGUUCGUCAAGGUGUUGGCGGUCCUGGACCUGGUCACAGCACUGACCACCAUGCUGAUGGACACCAUGUCCAAGAUGCGGCCGCUGGACGAGCGCGCGCUCAACCUGGACGUGCUGUGCAAGCUGACUCACUUCCAGGUCUACGCCACCAGCCUGGCCAGUGGCUGUGUGCUCACGCUCAUCGCCUACCAGAGAUACAGGAAGAUCUGCAGACCCCUCAAGCCCAGCAUAACCAUCCGUCAAGCCAAGCUGGUGGUGGCGGCGGGCACCGUGGGGAGUGCCCUGUUCAGCGUGCUGGCCCUGGUCAUCAACGGGCCGCAGGAGAUCACCAUCCGGAUGAACAACGGAGAGCUGGCGCGCGUGCUCAUCUGCCGCUACGACCGCCGCUUCGCCGGCACGCCCCUGCAGCUGGCGCUCUCCCUCAUCCUGCUCACCGCCUUCUCCGUCACGCUCUUCCUCACCGUCUUCUUCUACUUCCUCGUCUACCGCGCGCUGAGGAACUUCGAGCGUCGGAACUCGCUCACGGGCGGCGGCGCCGGCAGCUGCAGCAACCCCAGCUCGCCCACGUCACCGUUGGGCCUGGACUCGGCCGCUGGUGGAGCCGUCGCCGGAGGUCAUGGCACAGCGCCCACGCCGCUGCCAGAGUUCCCGAUCGCCGCGCAUCGCGAGUACGCCGAGGCGGCCCCGCCGGCGGAAGAGCGGCGACGCCGGUACCGCGAGCAGACGCGGCAGUCUCGCGCGACGUCCAUCUUCUCGGCCGGCGGCGGCGGGGACCGCGUGUCCAGCCAGAUGUACAAGACGUUCCUCAUCAUCACCGUGGUGUUCAUCGUUAGCUACUUGCCGCACCUGGUCGUGCUCAUCCUCAACAAGGUGCUGAGGCUGGACAGCCAGGUGCUCACCUACACGCAGCGCGUCUUCCUUGAGCUGGCCUACAACUGCCCCUACAUCAGCACCGUGGCCAACCCGGUGGUCUACGGCUUCCGCAGCGCAGAGUUCCGCGAGAACUGCCGGAAGUUUCUCAGUUGUCACUGCAGGAACCGACGAAGGAGAUACGGUUACUGAGGGAGGAAGGUUCCGCCAGUACUACCCAAAAAAAAAAACCGCUAGUAUAAAUAUGUGCAUUGGAAAGGAAGGAUAUAUCUCACUCAUAGAGGUAGUCCUAGUACCGACACAUCAGUACUGCCAAAAAACGCCAGUAUAAAAAUAAUGUGUGCAUUGGAAAGGAAGGAUAUCUCUCACUCAUAGAGGUAGUCCUAGUACCGACACAUCAGUACUACCAAAAAAAACCCGCCAAUAUAAAUAUGUGCAUUGGAAAUGAAGGAUAUCUCGCACUCACAGAGGUAGUCCUAGUACCAACACAUCAGUACUACCAAAAAAAAAACCCGCUAGUAUAAAUAUGUGCAUUGGAAAGGAAGGAUAUAUCUCACUCAUAGAGGUAGUCCUAGUACCGACGCACAGUGGGCUGCAGACGACGUAUAACGCGUAUUGAUGACUUCAAUGUCAUAUUUUACUGAAACACGCCAACUUGGUAUUUGAAUCGGAAAAGUAGCUCACGGCUGCGGGGUACCUAACAAUGAAGUGGGCUUCAAACAAUCCCCAAAGCGUUCUGCAGACGUUGGCAGUACGAUAAACUGGUAUACCAGACGGUACCAGGUACUGCAGAAUAAUUAACAACGAGCUGCAGAUGACACAUCAAGCGUUGACAGUACAGUGGGUGUCGCAUUCAACGAGGUCACAUUCAACAAGAAGUCGGGUCCAACGAGGCAAUCCUUAAUCCCCGAUUUUUUCCUCUAUAUCUCUUUGUAAAUGUACGUCAGCUCCAACGAAGACCGACUAACAAGCAUAAGGGACUGCCAAGCCCUAACAGGACGGCUAGUUCACGGCAGAGGGCCGUGUGCUUCCACUGGAUUCGUAACACAUACUGAGAACUUUGGUGGUGGAGUAACCAGUUCAUACAAGGUGUAGUUUGUCGAAUUGCCCGGAAAUAGAAAACACACUGUGUAGGAUGGCAUUCUAAAGGCGAGGAAAAGAUGACAUAACUUCAUUGGGCGAAAAAAUUACCUUUUUAUCCUUCUUUCUCCUGGAAAAAAAACCGCUAUGGGAUCCGUCUGAUUCUUUGUUUACAAAAGAUUCAUCUAUAGGCCUAUACUCUGAAAUCGAAAAGGCCCAUAUUACGAACAUUGGGAUUAAUUACUUCUUGGACUGGAUAAUCAUCUCAAACCACGAGAAAGACUGUCGAGCAUUAACUAAUAACAUGUUUAAAUUCGUUGUGUCAUUGUACUAAAAGUACAAGUGUCAUUGUACUAAAAGUACAAGAAAAAUGGAAGAGGACAGCUCGUGUGUACGCAUCUGAGCAGUGUGAAUGAGGGAAAUAACCACUUCCGGUAUUACUUUUGCUGCCGAGCUGUAAUUUACGUCGUCGCACAACAACGGCCAUACUUCCUCUCCAACAUAACACUAAUACUGUAUCAUAAUACUGAAUUAGAAAAAAAUAGCAACGCAAACAG